ACUGUGUAGCUCUUUACAGUCAGGAGUGAACCUCCUUGCAAAGUUAAUAGUAAUUAGUAACAUUUGAAUGGCAGUGUUGGUGCAUAGCGGUGUGUUUAAUCGUAAUUUGCAAUUGUUUUUCUACCACUUUCAUUCUCAUUGGGGUUUGUUUCAGAGUUUUGUAGACAUAUGGAAUCCCGAAGGGGAUUAUGUGAAUUGUGUGGUGGAACUUUUAAGCACAGGAAGAGCUUAUACAGACAUAUAGUGAAAUUUCACAUGGAUGUAAAAAGAAAUCAGGGUAAAGAGACUUGUAACAUUUGUCACAGGAAUUUUUGGAAUGUGGCAGCACGAGAUCGCCACUUCAGGACGCACAAUACAUCAUUCGGAAAGGUGUCGUGCACAGAAUGCAAUGAUUUUAAAUGCCGUUUCAUGCGAGACUUAAGAAGCCAUCUAGAAUGUCAGCAUGGAAUUAAGAUUGAAAGAGAAGAAAUGGAGUUUGAUUCCAUGGAACAGUUCCUUCAGUGGAAAGAAAAGAUGGAAGGUGAAAAAAGAGUUUCAUUCAUAAAGCAACGUGGUGGUACACUAAACACGCAGAAGUCUAAAAUUUAUUAUUUAUGCCACCGUUCAGGAAAUUUCAAAACAGUGGGUUUGGGGCAAAGGUUGGCUGGUCCCUCGGUCAAAAUUGGUCGCACAUGUCCUGCCUCUUUGAUAGCGACGAAGAUGCCAUCAGGCAAAGUCAGUGUCCAGUUCUAUGCCACACACACAGGCCACAGCUUCUCUAUGGGUUCUCUGCAUCUCACUCCUGCAGACAGAGCAAUGGUUGCUGACUUAAUUGCAAGUGGUCUAUCAGAUGCUGAAAUUUUAAAGAAAAUAAGAGAUGGUGCACAUGAAAGCAGUUUAAAAAGGGUACACAUGUUAAAAAGGAAAGACAUUUAUAAUAUCAAAAAACAAUAUAAAUUGGACAUUCCUUUAGAUAAGAAUGUAGCAGUUAAUGUGAAACAGGAGUCAUCGGUUGUCAACACUGAUAACUUGCAAGCUGCAGCACAGGACAGGUGUGAGCUGUUAAAAGAAAUGAUGGCAAGUGUUGACGAUGAAAAUAUUAGUCAGUAUAUCGAGUCACUGGACAGACUAAUAGAGGAAGCCAGUGUAACUGUUGCAUCACAGGAAGAGGACUCUAUUGGCAGACAAGAAUAUAUUGAUCCUAAACAUGGCCAUGUAAUGGCAAUCAUUUAUAUUUAAUGCUUUUGUUGGAAUGUUAAUAGUACAUGUAUUUGAAAGGAA